AUGACGGAUGAUCGCAGUGUGUCAGACGUGGCUAGCCCGAGAGGGUCUGAGAGUGACUCGGUUCUGUCUCCCAGCUCAUCCUUUGCUGCCGAUGGGGAAGAGAAGUCACAGUAUCAGGCUUGCAACGAGGAAGGGAGUGGGAAGCGAGAGAGUGAGGAAGACAAGUUCCCCCUGUGCAUCAGAGAGGCUGUGAGCCAAGUCUUGGAAGGCUACGACUGGACUCUGGUUCCCAUGCCUGUCAGAGUCAACGGAUCCUCCAAGAGCAAACCUCACGUGAAGAGACCCAUGAAUGCCUUCAUGGUAUGGGCUCAGGCAGCACGGAGAAAGUUGGCAGACCAGUACCCACAUCUGCACAAUGCAGAGCUCAGCAAAACACUAGGCAAACUCUGGAGGUUACUCAACGAGAAUGACAAGAGGCCCUUUGUGGAAGAGGCUGAGAGACUGCGAUCGCAGCACAAGAAGGACCACCCUGACUACAAGUACCAGCCCCGCCGGCGGAAAAACAUGAAGCCUGGGCAAGGUGAUGCCGACGCCCACCCAGAGGAUGGCCACAUCUCCUCUGUCCAGCCCCACUACAAGGCUGUGCCUCAGGAUCGUGGGCGCACAACUGGGAGCUCUCCGCUUGCAGAGGGUCAUGGUGAGCACACAGGGCAGAGCCAUGGCCCCCCAACUCCCCCCACCACCCCAAAGACAGAGAUGCAGCCUGGAAAAGCGGAGGGGAAACGGGAAGGACGCCCACUGGUCGAAGGAGGCAAGCCGCACAUCGAUUUCAGCAACAUGGACAUCGGGGACCUCAGCCACGACGUUAUGUCCAACAUGGAGACCUUCGAUGUCCAUGAAUUUGACCAGUACCUGCCACCCAACGGGCAUCCCAGCCACGGGCAAGCCCUGGGCGCCGGGGCCUACGGUGCAAACUACGGGCUCGGAGGGACACUGGCUGGUGGACAUUCCGCCUGGAUCUCCAAGCAACACGCCAGUGGCUCUGCCCCGUCAGGCCCAGCCACCGCCUCGGCCGAGUCCAAGACCCAGAUCAAGACUGAGCAGUCCCACCCGAGCCACUACUCGGAACAGCAGCACUCCUCAGCGCAGAUCACUUACACCUCCCUCAGCCUCCCACACUACGGCACAGCCUUCCCCAGCAUCACCAGGUCCCAGUUUGACUACCCCGAGCACCAGGCCACCGGGCCUUACUACAGCCCGUCCGCCCAGACCUCUGGACUCUACACCGCCUUCUCUUACAUGGGCGCCUCGCAGCGCCCGCUCUACACCUCCAUCAGCGACCCGCAGUCGGUGCCCCAGUCCCGCAGCCCAACCCACUGGGAGCAGCCUGUCUACACGACGCUCACCCGCCCAUAA